AUGUCUUUGAAUAAAAGUAUUCAGGACACAGAUAGUUGCACCUUCAUCUACGACCAAAAAAAGGCUAUUAAGAUGAUCUUUACCAUCUCGUGGACCAACGAAGGCGACGACUACAUCUUUCAAAAUGAGGAGGAGGCCAAGUUUUGGGAGCGAGUUGUUCGCCUAUGCAGCACGGUAUCGCCUCUGCAGAAGCGCAUAAAAACAGAGCUAGAGGGAACAGCGUUUAGAGAGAUGCUGGAAAUUUCUGACCAAGAGUGGUCGGAAACAUGGCGUAAUGCGGAGCCUGCACCCAUGCCGCAGAAUACUCCUCAGAACCAACUUCCUAUCGGUACCACUACCGUUGCAGAAGAGGGAGCUAGGAUAAGGAGGAGUGUUGCUAGAUUUGGCUCUCGGUUCAGUAUACGAGUCCGAUUUCCGAAGUUUUCGAAGAAGAAGAAUAAGAAGAAGGGACAGAAUGAAGAGGUGGUAAAGGAAGCUACUCCUGCUGCUUGA